AUGGUACUGAGCGCCCUAUUCUCGAGAUACCCUAGAACCUUGGGAGACCAUCUAGGUGUAGUUGUUGGAGAAAUCCUCCCAGCUGGUCUCUCGCUUCAAACAGGGCAGGAGAUCAGUCCUAACGAGUUCGAGUUCGAUCCUGAUUAUCAUUCCUACAUCAGAACCCAGGAAAACAUCGGACUUGUCGUCAGCAAGAUUAAUGGGAACAUGCCCUCCUUUCAUCGCCUCAUCGGAUCACACAUUGACAAAGUCAUCAGGAGGCUUCCUAUAGACGGCAACGUUCUGGAUCGAAUUUUCUUCUACAGAGAGUAUGUGAGGGGCAUCAACACAACUAGCAAACGUGAGAGAACGUCCGGAAUCUUGGAGAACAUCAUGGCCUUCAAUCAAGACUACCUAAGGUGCAAAGACGACAACGACGACGAUGAAGACAACGAUUAUGAUGAUGAUGACAACGAAGAUCACUCUAUGAACUCCUACUCCAAUCAUCUUGCCGAGAGUGAAACCUCGGAUCAGUUGUCCGAGGAGAGAUGCCUGACCUUCUCGCAGUUCGAAGCCAAUAAUGAGACUUUAAGUCUAUUCGAUUGCCUAAUGAAUGGACCUGGCUACUUGGCUCACGGCGAUACUGCAAAGCUUCUGUCUUACUGCAAGGUAUAUCUUGAGAGUCUACCGAACACAGGACUGUACUGA